CUCAAUGACAGCAGAGUUACUCAUGUUCCUUGUUUAUGCUACAGGCCGUCAUUUGAUUUGAAGAUGCAUGCCUUAAAACUUCGAUGGGGUCAAUUGAGGAAACACCACCAAUGAUGCUAAUUGGAACAGAGUGAGGCUGCAGACCAUAUUUUAGUUCUUGGGGACUACUGAUGGUCCACGGACCACAGGUUGGCCUUUGUGGUUCUUAAACCAUGGAGUCCAUGGCUGUCCUUGACACUGUUGGGGUGGGAGACCUAGUGCUUCUGGACCCCCUGACGGAAGACACGGUGAUGCGGAACCUGGAGAAACGUUUCCAUCGAAAGGACAUCUAUACAUACAUUGGGAACGUGGUGAUCUCAGUGAACCCAUAUGAGCCUCUGUCCAUUUAUACAGAAGAGAAGGUGGAAGAGUAUAAGAACUGCAACUUCUUUGCAGUAAAACCCCACAUCUAUGCCAUUGCAGAUGAUGCCUAUCGCUCAUUGAGAGAUCAAGACAAAGACCAAUGUGUUCUUAUCACCGGCGAGAGCGGGGCUGGUAAAACAGAGGCCAGCAAACUAGUGAUGUCAUAUGUGGCAGCUGUAUGUGGAAAAGGAGAGGAGGUGAACCGUGUCAAGGAGCAACUGCUGCAGUCCAACCCAGUACUGGAAGCCUUUGGGAAUGCGAAAACCAUACGCAAUGACAACUCCUCGCGAUUUGGCAAAUAUAUGGAUAUUGAGUUUGACUUUAAGGGUGAUCCUUUGGGUGGAGUCAUCAGCAAUUACUUGCUAGAGAAGUCCCGUGUGGUGCAUCAUGAGAAGGGUGAAAGAAACUUCCACAUCUUCUAUCAGCUUCUGUCUGGAGCUUCAGAUCAGCUGCUCAAACAAUUAAAACUAGAACGAGAUUGUAGCCUUUAUGGCUACCUUAACAAGGAUGCCACAAGCCUGCAGGGUAUGCAUGAUGCAACAAACUUCAAAGCUGUUCAGGAUGCCAUGCGAGACAUUGGCUUCUCCCCAUCAGAAGUGACGGCAGUGCUGGAAGUGAUCGCUGUUGUCCUCAAAUUGGGCAACGUGCAGCUGCGGGAACAGUUUCAAGCCAGUGGGGCAGAGUCAUGUGAUAUCCAGGAUGACAAAGUGGUACGAGAGAUCUGUCAGCUGAUCCAGGUGGAUGAAUCUAUACUGGAGCAUGCUUUAUGUUCUCGCACAGUCGAAACCAAUCAAGAGAAGGUGGUGACAACACUGAGUGUCCCUCAAGGCUACUAUGUGCGGGAUGCUCUAGCAAAGAACAUAUAUAACCGGUUGUUCAACUGGCUGAUUAACAGGAUUAAUGAGAGCAUCAAAGUGACAACAACGGAGCGCAAGAAAGUGAUGGGUGUUCUGGAUAUUUAUGGCUUUGAGAUUUUUCAAGACAACAGUUUUGAGCAGUUUGUUAUCAAUUACUGUAAUGAAAAGCUCCAGCAAAUCUUCAUUCUGUUGACCCUGAAGGAGGAGCAAGAAGAGUACAUCCGCGAGGGGGUUACUUGGACUUCUGUGGACUUUUUUGAUAACAGCAUCAUCUGCAACUUGAUAGAAGAUAACACAGGUGGGAUUCUGGCUAUGUUGGAUGAGGAAUGCCUUCGCCCAGGGAAAGUGAAUGAAACUACCUUCCUCAACAAGCUCAAUGUCACAUUUAAGGAUAACCAACGCUAUGAGAGCAGAGUAACCCAGAAUGCCAAGCGUAUAAUGGACUCCAGCUUGUCUGCACAAUGCUUUCGCAUUCACCACUAUGCUGGCAAGGUGACUUACAACGUGGCUGGAUUCAUAGAGAAGAACAAUGACUUACUCUUUAGGGAUCUGUCACAGGCCAUGUGGAAGGCCAAGCACGGGCUGUUGCGCAGCCUCUUCCCUGAAGGGGACCCUCAAAAAACCUCACACAAACGUCCGCCUACAGCUGGUUCCCAAUUCAAAGCUUCUGUAAUGACCCUCAUGAAGAACCUCUACUCCAAGAACCCUAAUUAUAUAAGGUGCAUCCGGCCCAAUGACAUCCAAAAGCCUGCUGUAUUCACAGAUGCAUUGGUUCGGGCACAGGUACGUUACCUUGGCCUGUUGGAGAAUGUACGUGUUCGUCGGGCUGGCUAUGCCUAUCGGCAGGCCUAUGAGCCAUGUCUGGAGCGUUACAAGAUGCUGUGCAAGGGGACCUGGCCACAUUGGAAAGGAAGUGCAAGGGAGGGCGUUCAGACCCUUUUGAGCAGUUUGGCCAUCGACCCUAAGGAACUGGCAUAUGGAUACAAAAAGAUCUUCAUACGAACACCACGUACACUUUUUGAUCUGGAGAGCAGACGACAACGGCGAGUUGGGGAGCUGGCAGCCCUGAUCCAAGCUACUUUCCGUGCAUGGAAAUGCCGCAAACACUAUCUACAGAUUCGCAAGAGCCAAAUCGUUAUCUCUGCCUGGUUCCGGGGCCAUGCACAAAAGAAGAAGUAUGCAAAGAUGAAGGCAUCAGCUCUUCUUAUCCAAGCCUAUGUCCGGGGCUGGAAGUCUCGUAGGCUCCUACGGGAACUUAAGGAACAGAAAUGCCAGAAUCAGGCUGCCACCAUCAUUUCUGCUUACUGGAAAGGUUAUCAGUCUCGUAAGCUCCUACGGGAACUUAAGGAACAGAAAUGCCAGAUUCAGGCUGCCACCACCAUUUCUGCUUACUGGAAAGGUUAUCAGACACGGAAGGAGUAUAAGAAAUAUUUCCGCUCUGGAGCAUCUGUGCGCAUCACCAAUUUUAUCUAUCGGAGCAUGGUGCAAAAAUUUCUCCUGGGCCUAAAAAACAACCUUCCUUCCAUGAAAGCAACCGAUCACACUUGGCCUCCUGCCCCAUAUAAAUUUUUCAGUGAUGCCAAUCAAGAGCUGAAGAAGAUCUUCCACCACUGGAGGUGUAAGAAAUACCGAGAUCAGUUGCCACCCCAGAGAAAAGCAGUCUUACAGGACAAACUGUGUGCCAGUGAACUUUUCCGAGGCAAGAAAAGUUUGUACCAGAAGAGCCUCUCACAGCCUUUCAAAGGGGAAUACCUGGGUUUGAAGGAGAAUCCAAAAUAUCGUAAGCUCCAAAGCUCAGCCGAUGGCAAGCUGCUUAUGGCUGACAAUGUGAAGAAAGUCAACCGAGGUGAUGGAAAGGCUUCUACUCGGAUAUUUAUUCUUACCAAAAGUCAUAUUAUCCUAGCUGAUCCCAAGGCUGCGCAGCCCAAAACAGUGAUCACUCUGAGUGACAUAGACAGUGUCUCUGUCACACGCUUCUCAGAUGGGUUUUUUGUUCUGCACAUCAGAGAGUCUUCCACAGCAGGCACCAAAGGGGACUUCCUGCUUAUCAGUGACCACCUGAUUGAACUGAUCACUCGACUACACCAGGCCGUGUUGGACACUACAAAGCAAAAACUGAAACUUCAAGUGGCUGAUGAGUUUGUGGUGAAGUUCAAACAAAGCAGCAUUGCUGUCAAGGUGGUGGAGACAGCCGUAAAGCAAGGCACAGGGCCAGUCUGCAGGAAGAAAGGCAGCCAUAGACUGGAGGUGUUGGUUCAAUGAUGUGAAGCAGCCCACAAGCAGCUGUUCUGGGUUUCUGGAGAACAUGGAGCUGGGAACCUGUGAUUUAUAUGUGAAUCAUAGCCAACUUCAAUCCCUCUUGGUUUUAGAAGUUUUACUUCAGAUGCAGCUAUCAGAAAUACUCUCAGAAACCAGUUGAUGACACAUGCCAGUUUAUUGCCGAAGGCUUUCAUACCUGGAGUUGUGAGUUUUUUGGGUUCUAUGGCCAUGUUCCAGAAGCAUUCUCUCCUGACGUUUCGCCCACAUCUAUGGCAGGCAUCCUCAGAGGUUGUGUGUUAUGUUGGAAACUAAGCAAGUGGGGUUUAUAUAUCUGUGGAAUGUCCAGGGUGGGAGAAAGAACUCUUUUCUGUUUGAGGCAAAUGUGAAUAUUGUAAUUGGCCACCUUGAUUGGCAUUGAAUGACUUUGCAGCUUCAAAGCCUAGCUGGUUGCUGCCUGGGGGAAUCCUUUGUUGGGAGUUAGUUCUCUCACCCUGGACAUUCCACAGAUAUAUAAAUCUCAUUGCCUAGCUUCCAACAGACCUCACAACCUCUGAGGAUGCCUGCCAUAGAUGCAGACAAAAUGUCAGGAGAGAAUGCUUCUGGAACAUGGCCAUACAGCCAGAAAAACUCACAAGAACCCAGAUGCCAGUUUCUCCACUGAAGACAGAAAUGACAACUUGGGCCUCAUACUUUCAGAAAUGGCAUGUCCUGUGUAGAAGCCUUAAUUUGAGCAUACGUGGGAGAAAAACAUCAUAAAGUCCCCAAGGGAAAUGAGACAUCUUGUCUCCUUCAUUAAACGCCAAAAUGAAUGUUAGGCAUCCGCGAUCUUUAGGAAUGUUGAAUAAUCACAAGCUGGUUUCCUGGGUUACUUCUCCUAAAGAUAACACGAAAGCACAAAUCACAGGUGUGUGCUCUAUUACGGUUGUUUGCAAUUAUUCUCCAAGAGCACUUUGGCCUGUGUUUGUUUUGAGAUACAGAAAAUAAUUGCAAAAAUGCAUUAAAUUUUAUUUUGAAUCUUGCAUAAUGAGAAAAUUGCUCUAUUGAGAGUUUUGCCAUGGUCGAAAAAUACUGUAUGAUUUCCCGACUUGUGAGAAGUUCAUUGAACUUCACUAUUCAUUAAAAUAAAGUCAUUAAUUAAAUGAUUCAUUAAAAAAAUAAAAGAAACAGUUGCCUUAAGGGUUGCAUCAGAACAAUUAGAAAAGGGAUUGGAGCUAUGAUGGUAAAAACUUUAAACGGCUAAUAAAACACCAACGGUACAUUCAUGCUAUAAUUUUGAAAGGCCAACAUUAAACCUGGUGGAUUUACAAACUCCUUUGGUGAGCAAUAGAUAUAGAAACUUGGUUAAUUCCCAGUGUAUCUCUGUUUGCCCCAGAGAAUAAGACAUAUAAGGAGCAUUGUCACAAUUCAAAUUUGAAAGCAGAGAUGGGAGGUAAGUUUGUAAAAUGGCCCAUGUAAUUUGUAUUCUUCUUCAAUCAUGUUUGAUCAGUACCGGCAGCCUCUGACAUACAAACAUUUGACUUACAAACAACCCAUAGUUAAGAAUGGGGUGAGACAACAGGAAGUGAGAAAAAUCUACCUCUUGGAAGGGAAAUGAACUCCUGGAAGAGUUAUCAUGGGGAAAAAGGGUCUCCACUGAAGCUUUAUCAU